GACCACUUCCAGCGUGCUCUGGUCGACAUACCGCCAUCUUGAAUCCUUUUGAAAUGGCUGAAAACCCCUUGGCAGACCUCAGAGAUCGAUUGGCGUUUCCUCCCUUCGCCGAUUGUCCAUCCGAGGAUGAUUUGGACGAGCGGUACAUAAGCGUCGAUGGAGAAAUAGCCACCCACCAGCGUCACUGGUGCUUCCUUGGAGAGAUUAUCGACUACAUAGCCAUCGGGAGGUUGACUCUGGAUGUCCGCGACGUGUCUGGCAAGCUCGUACGCGCUUCGUUCUACGACGAGGAUAAAGGAAUGCGCUAUGUCCGCGGCGGUGGGCUCAAAAAGGGUUAUACUCUCGCACUUCUGUAUCCUUGGCAGCAUUACUUCCUGGACCAAAGUUGUGGCUUUCGUAUGGAGACGUCUGAGGACGUAAAGAUCAUUCCUUGCUCGCUGAAGGAACUUAUGAGCGCAAAUGACAAGCUGCAACGUGGUCUUCCCGUGGCACCUUGUUGGACUCCGGGCUGCGAAAAGACGGAGGAUCUCAGGACGUGCAGCAAAUGUCACAAGGCCAAGUAUUGCGGAAAGGAGCACCAGACUCAAGAGUGGAAAGCGGGACAUCGACAAGAAUGCAAGGCCUUUGUUGAGCUUGAGUGGUUCUUGACUCGCGAUUGGUCAACGUUCGACGGCGGCAGCGAGUGGUCGUUUCCUGCAUAGGGCCGACAUUGCAAGAUAACUCUCGGCAGGGCCAGAACUUCCAAGGAUGAAAUUAUGCGUGCACUUCGCAACAAUUUCUGUCACUGCUCCCCAGUGUAUCUAUUAAUCGCUCAUGUCAAGCUUCUUUCAGAGUUUCAGAGCCAUUUAUUCUACAAUUUUUCGUAGUGUCGAUAACGAUGAGAAUGUCGAAUAGGUCCACUGGCGAAUCAGGGUAGUCCGUGUGGAACUGAUUGGCUCCAUGAUUGAUACUUGGUUCGCCUGUGUUUAUUUCCUCUCGGGAACGCCUGCACGUUUGAUGCCUAUAGUCUUUGACGCUCACUUUGCAUUUCGAUCAUUGUGAGCAGCAGCGUUGGUUGCACCGCUGGACCUCAGGGAGGAUCGGCCG